AUGCCACCACCCCUCCGCGGACCAGCAAGUGGCGGGUGGGGCCGACUGCGGCCGGUCAAUGUCGACCCUCUCGAGGUCUACGGCCUGCCCUCCAAGGGCGAAACAAGACUCUCUGAUUUCAAGCUCCAGGAGCGGUAUUACGGCACAAUCGUUCAGCGCUACCUCCAGUUCUGCAACGAUGCCAACGACCGGGACGGGCUGCUGGCACGCUUCGCGUCGCUGGAGCUGAGCGGCAAGACCACUGGUCCGUCGCCAACGUCGCCAAUGGUGCCGUCCGAUCCCCUCGCUGUUGUACCCACUGCCGCGACGACAGCCGCCCUCGCAGCCGCCACCCGCGACCUGACGCUGGUGCUGGCCGCUCUGCGCAAGCUCCGCGAAGCCAUUGUGGCCACCGGCCGCGUCGACGACUUUUCCACGCAAGUGUACCUGUUCUGCAUCCGCCUCGCCAUCCUCGCCAAGCACCCGCAGUCCUACCACCCGGCCAUCCUCCACCUCCUCCGCAGCAUCCACCGCCGCCGCCCCCUCAGCACCGUCGAGCUGCACGAGGUCGCCGCCUACCGCGUCCUCGACGCCGCCUGCCGCCGCGGCGACCUCGCCGAGGCCUACCACCUGCGCUGCCUCUACAAGCUGCGCAGCGCGACCGUCGACACCGCCCUGCGCGCCCUCGCCCGCGACGACUGGGUGGCGCUGCGGCGGCUGGUGGGCGACGGCGCGUCGGGCGGCGCCCGCGGUGGGUGUGCCGACGGGCACCUGGUCAAGCUGCUCGAGUACGCCGUGCACGACGUGCGCGUGCACACGCUCAAGUGCUUUGGGCGUGCGUACCUGCGGCUCGAGGAUGUUGGGUUCCUGGAGGCGUCGGCGGGUCUCGGCUGGGCCGAGCUGCAGAAGCAGUACAACGUCGGGUGGGAGCUGGACGGCAAGGCGGUCGUGAUCCGCAAGAUGCAGCCUAAGACACAAGCACCGGCGGCCGCGGCGAAGCCGUGA